UUCUCAGAUAUACACACCUUCGUUAUCCACCUUCGCUACAUGCCGACACCGACCCGGACACUGUCGUUACACACUCCAUCCGCCUCGUCCUCUACGUCGUCACAAUGUGGCUAACUCGCACCAUCUCCAUGACCAACUUUGCCGUCGCAUCGUCGGCCCUCGCUUUCCAAGUCUUCGUCCUCUACCCUUGGCACGAGGAGUUGCAACGCGACUUCAACAAUCUCCAGAAGGAACACAAGACGGCUCUCGAGGCUGUGAAGCUCAACGUCGAGGAGCUGAGACGAGAACACAUCCGGGUGCUCGACGCCGUCAAGGCUGACCUGGAGGUCCAGAAAGGCAAGCGCUCUUCUGUGCUCGCCCAAUUGACUCGGGGGCACUGGUGAAGGGAAGUGAUCCGAGGGAGGCUAUCCCGGCUUGGUCUGACCUGGGACACAUUGUUAGACAAGAGCACAACACGACGAUGAAGAGCAAGCGAGAUGGAUAG